UAUGGUUAUCUCAUUUUCUAUACUUGCCCUUGUUUUAAUUGCCUUAUUUAUAUUGAGUAUAACUCUAAUAGUGAAAAGAAGAGGCGAAAUUCGUAAGCUUAAACUGAGAUCUAUCACUAGAAGAAGAAAUGUUUAUGAAGAUAUUCAAGACAACUCAAGUAAAAAUUGUUCUAGUACCGAUGUUGGCAAUGUCACAGAAAAUUCUUAUGAAAAUGUUUGCAAUGUUAUGAGGAGGGCUAAUGAAAACAGUUGCAGCAGAGAGAGAGCAGAAGUGGCCAGCUACUUGAGCAUUAGAACCGAAUACGACGACAAAAAUCGUAACUCAACUUAUUAUUUAACAAUAAGAAGCGAUAGCUAUACUGAUACCGAGGGGAAAAGAGACUGUGUUAGCAAGCAUGAUUAUUUAGAUAUUAAACCUUGA